AUGGCGAUGAACUACGUGGAGAAGCUGGAGCAAAGCCACAGGGCGCUGGAGAGAAAGAUCAAAGACACAGAGAGAGAGCUACGGCGGCGGAGGAGUCCAACAGAGGCGGAGGCUGCCCAGAUCACUACACCGCCCAUCUCGGUGCCGGAGUUGCUGAAGAGGCAGGACCAGAACCAGAUCGACGACCUAAAUCGCCGCCUGCAGUCCGCGCAGCAGUCGGCGAAUGAUGCGCUGCAGGCCUUGAGCCAACAGUCACGACAGGUCUCCCAGUCCUCGCAACAGCUGUCGCAGCAGUCGCAACAGCUAUCCCAAUCCAGCACGCGGCUCGAGUCGGAAAGUCGUCGGCUCUCUCAGAGUCUACAGCAGGCGCAGCAGAGCGCGCAGCAGGCUGGUGAUGCCGCCCGCCAGGCCUCCGAUUCUGCUACACGGGCUGUCAGUUCUGCCGAGUCCAGCGCAAGCGCGGCCAUAUCGGCAGCCAUAGCCAGCGUCACCAGCAGCGCCGGGCAGAGCGCCGCGAGCAUGAUCAGCGCGGCUAGCCAGUCGGCCCAGAGCAUCAUGGACUCGGCGGCCAGCAUGGUGCAGCAGGCGCAAGCGGACGCCACUCUCGCGAGGGCUGAUGCCCAGAACCAAGUUGUCCAAGCGCAAGGCACGGCCGUCUCGAUCACCCAGGCGGCGAUUGCCAUUGUUGCUAGCAUACUGGGCAGCUCGCUGCUUACUAUCCUGGCCUUCUGGUGCGUGCUACGCGUCAAGCGUGACCGCAGGCGGCGGUCGCGCGAGCUCAACGGGGAGAAGAUCAGCUACCCACAGUCGCAAGACAAGGCUCAAGGGGGCUACGAUGCGCCCACGGCGUACGGCGCGAACGGCUAUCCUCAAGAUAUCAAGGGGCCGCUGUCGCCGGCGCGCACGAGCACGAGUAGCAGGUAUCCUGAUACCGCGGGUGGUGGAGGAAACGGAGGAGGUAUCGGGUAUGCGACCAGCUACGAUGACCGCGCGCCGACGAUCCUGGAUAACCCGCCGCCGGCUGCGGCGCGCAAGACGAACCAGUUCACGCUGUUCCCGAAGUCGACGCCAGUGUCAGGAGCGGCCGUUCCGCAGUCUGGAGGCUCGAGGAAUUCCAUUCCGCCGAGUCUGCAGACGUGGCUGAAGGCGGGCACCGUGAGUCCCUUCGGGACGCUGGACCGGAACCAAGCGCCGCAACGGACCAUGUCACCGGCGUGGCCGCUCGAGAGACCAGCAGGAGCCGGCGUUGUCAAUGCCGCGCGGCCGGGGACCUCUGGGCUCCCGAGCGGCGUGCAGCCGAGGAGGUUGCCCCUGAGAAACGACUGA